CGUCGUGUCCACCAUGUCAAUGGCACUCCGCAAAUCCGACGAGUUCACGAAAGAGGACAGCUCACCGGGUGCUCUUUACCCCGACGUCUCAAUACAGAAGGCGAACAACGACAUUUACGAGGAUGGCACCAUAGAUCCUGUCUAUCAAGCGAAAGCUCGGUUGUUAAAUAGCGCGAUACAGGAGAUAGGAAUGGGAAGGUAUCAGUGGUAUCUCUUCAUCGUCGCGGGCUUUGGCUGGUUCGCUGACAGCGUAUGGCCUCUCAUCGGAGGACUCAUCCUGGCCCCGGUAAUCGGCGAAUUCCAGUUCAAUGGUCCUUUCUUGUCUCUAGCAUCCAACAUCGGUCUCUUUGUCGGCGCAGUAGUGUGGGGAAUCGGCUGCGACAUCUGGGGACGAAGAUGGUCCUUCAAUCUCACUCUUCUCAUCGCGGGCAUAUUCGGCCUCGCAGCAGGAGGCUCCGGCAACUUUGUCACGCUGGCCUCUCUUCUUGCCGCACUUGGCGUUGGUGUCGGAGGCAACCUGCCUGUUGACUCUGCGGUGUUCCUUGACUUUGUUCCUGGUUCUCACCAAUAUCUUCUGACCGUCCUGUCCGUCUGGUGGUCCCUCGGCCAGCUGUUCGUCAACUUGAUCGCCUGGCCUCUAAUUGCAAACUUCUCAUGUCCCCAAGACUCCGCUCCAGGUACCUGCACCCGGUCUCAGAACAUGGGCUGGCGUUACCUUCUCUUCACUCUCGGCGGCUUCACACUAGUCCUUUGGGCACUUCGCUUCUUUGCAUUCACUCUUGAGGAGUCGCCGCGUUACCUGGUGGGCCGCGGACGUGACGCUGAUGCUGUAGCCGUGGUGCAUCGUCUCGCGGCUUACAAUGGGACAACCUGUAGCCUCACCGUGGAGCAGCUUCGGGAUGCUGGCGAGUCGGCUGAUAUGAAGAAGGAUGGCUCGCACGAAGCAAAGGUGACAGUUCUCAGUCGGACAUCUAACUACACCAUGGACCAUAUCAAGGCUCUCUUCGAGACGAAGAAACUCGCCUGGUCGACGAGUCUUCUAAUUUCCAUCUGGGGAAUCAUUGGCCUGGCCUCGACGUUGUAUAAUAAUUUCCUGCCCUACCUUCUCGCUAGCCGCGGCGCGCAAUUUGGAGACAGCUCGUAUUAUAUCACCUACCGCAACCAAGUUAUCCUGAGUGUCCUCGGCAUACCGGGUGCUUUUCUUGCCGGAUGGGCGGUUGAGCAGCCGCUUAUCGGUCGCCGUGGCACACUAGCCAUUUCCGCGGGGCUCACCGGCGCGUUUUUGUUUGCGACAACCACAGCCCGGAACUCCAAUGCGCUUCUGGGUUGGAACUGCGGCUACUCUUUCCACAGUAACAUUAUGUAUGGCGUCCUAUACGCGAUUUCCCCAGAGCUGUUCCCCGCCAAGGAUCGCGGAACGGGCAACGGUUUAACUGCCACCGCUACGCGCGUCUUCGGCAUCCUUGCACCUGUGAUUGCCCUGUACGCGAACCUGAACACCGCGGUCCCGGUUUACGUGUCAGGAGCGCUCAUAUUCGGCGCGGGUGCGCUCACUCUGCUGCUCCCGUACGAGCCAAGGGGCAAGGCUUCGCUGUAGUGCAGCCCGCUCCGAAGGUAGGUAAAAUAGACGUAUCCGAAGAUAUUUUCUUUUUUGACAGACUUAUGAAUACCCCCACUGUGUCGUGGAAUACAUACUUUUCAUGCCUGUGCAAUCAUGUUCGUGACGACU